UUGAACAUCGUCAAAUAUCUUUUCAAAAAAUAUUUGAGAAAAUGUUUAAGUUCAUAAUUGCUCUUUUGGUCGUGUUCACGACAAGUUGUGAAUCCACUGUUCAAAUUGUGAAUGGUAAAAAAACCAGCAUAGAAAACUAUCCGUGGACUGCAUCCAUAAAUGUAGCAUGGGGUUUUCGAGUUUUCGCAGAAUUCCAGUGCGGGGCUGUUAUUAUAAGCGAGAGAUGGCUAAUUAGCAAUGCGCAUUGUAACAUUUUUAAUAUAUUAAUCUUCUACCAGUUCGUCAGAGUGGGGUCAAAUUAUUCCACUUGGUAUGGGGAAAAACAUGAUAUUGAAAAAUGGGUUAUACAUCCCGAUUAUGUUAAAGACACCGCGAAAAACGAUGUAGCUUUGAUAAAACUGGAGGAAGAUCUCAAGUAUUCGCAGCAAAUCAAACCUAUACCAAUGGUGAAAGAAAACUUCAUAGUAUCAGAGGGUCUCAUUAUAAAAACAGCUGGAUUCGGUGAUAUUGCUUAUGACGUACCAAAUCACGACGUACUCAUGGAAGCCGUAUUCUCUGCGUGUGAACCAUUGUAUUUCAAGAAAUUGCCAAACGAUAGCUUAAUUUGUGCAAUAGAUCAUUUGGAAGUAGAAACAAUUUGUGGCGGAGACUCAGGAUCCGGACUGAUUAUCACUAUAAACAAACAAAGGCUUCUACUUGGGGUGAUAUAUCAAAGUAAUGAAUAUUGCAAUCCAGCUUUUCCAUUGUUUGGUGUAUCUAUUCCUUGGUAUAGGCAUUGGAUUAGGAAUAAUACGGGUAUUUGAAAACGUAUUGAGCCGCUUAUUUCAGAAACGUUUUUAUUAUUACAUACACACACACACAUACAAAACAUUUCUCUCAAUUUGUGUAAAAUAAAAAUUCUUAUUGAAUAUUCAUUUGAAACACUUAUUUGAAAUCGCUCAAAGAUGCUUAAAAUAGAAUAAAUAAAUAAACAAAAAUGUUGUUGAUUUGUUUGUUGUGUUUUGUUUUGUUUUUUUUUGGAAUGAAUAAAAAUCUCCAGUACCGUUUAAACUUCAAUUGGAAUUGUGCGAACUAACAGCUGAUAUAGUGAACGAUAAAUUUGCUGGAAUGAGAAGGAAAAAAAUAAUAACGAUCGUAAAGUGGUGACACAUACAAAGUGGGAUAGUUUUUUAUAUUGCUUAAAUGAUAUUUUUCCCUUCUACUUCUUUUUCAUCGUACAUUGAAUUUUGGUUAACCGAA